AAUUAUACGUGUAAUGCAAAUAACGUUGUUUAUUAACCUAAUCAGGCUUUAUAUUUAACCUUGUUUAUUAAUGACCGGUGACAAUUAUCAGCGAGUAUUUUUAGCUGCAUGCUAGCUAGACGACUAACAUGGAUGCGUAGCUUUCGUUCCGAUUAUAUUGUACGGUUGCUCACUCCUAUGAGUGUAUACGGUUAUUUGGACCGUGCUGAACAUCGGACAUGUAGUUAAAUAUAAAGUCGAAACUGCGGUCUUCCAAAAAAAGGUCAGUUGAGACGUAGACAGUCGAGAACUAUGGCAGCUGCUCCACCUCCCAACUUUUCAUGGGUUGAACCACAAAAAUUAGCUGGACUCGGGAUGCCAAGGAUAACAGCCCAUUAUCAAUUUCUACUAAAUAAUGGAAUCAAACACUUAAUCACUUUGUCUGAAAGAAAGCCCCCUUACCAUGACAACUAUCCAGAGUUGACUUUGCAUCACAUCAGAAUAUAUGACUUCUGUGCUCCAACUUUUGAUCAAAUCAAACUCUUCUUGUCCAUAGUGGAGGAGGCCAAUUCUAAAGGAGAGGGGGUUGCAGUGCAUUGCUUGCAUGGUUUCGGAAGAACCGGAACUAUGUUGGCCUGCUACUUGGUGAAGAGCAGAAAAAUCAAUGGGAUUGAUGCCAUUAAUGAAAUUAGAAAGAUCCGCCAUGGUUCUAUUGAAACUCGAGAACAGGAGCAAAUGGUAGUGCAGUUCUACCAGCAAAAUAAAUGUUGAUUUAUAUUAAGUAAUAUAAACUUUAUCUACUUGAAGGAA